AAUAUAGUAAUAUUGGCUGACUCCUGCAUAGUCUACCUUGUCAUGCUCACUCCUUUGAUCCCAUAAAUUAAUCUGCUUCGAAUUUCAUAAAUUAGGGUAUCCGAUUUAAAUCUUAAUCAUUCAAUUUGAUCACAAAUUUUCAAUCAAUUAUGCCAAGCCCCAAGAAGAAUAUGGAAAAUAAGGGAUUUUUCUCUUCAAUGACUUCUAGCUUAUCCAUGUUCAGUAACGCCAUGCAUAGAUCUGUCAAUGGGUUUAUAGGGUAUGAAAAUCUGGAAGUCGUAAAUCCUGAGGGAGGUAAGGAUGAUACUGAAGAAGAAGCACAGAGAGGAAGGUGGAAACAAGAGGAGAGAGAUAGCUACUGGAAAAUGAUGCAGAAGUACAUUGGGUCAGAUGUGACAUCAAUGGUAACUCUACCAGUUAUAAUCUUCGAGCCUAUGACUAUGCUGCAGAAAAUGGCAGAGAUAAUGGAGUACAGUUACCUGUUAGAUCAGGCUGAUGAAUGUGAAGACCCUUAUCUGCGAUUGGUUUAUGCUGCAUCUUGGGCAAUAUCUGUGUACCAUGCUUUACAGCGCACCUGGAAGCCUUUUAAUCCCAUCCUUGGUGAAACCUAUGAAAUGGUCAAUCAUAAUGGGAUUACUUUUAUUUCAGAGCAGGUGAGUCAUCAUCCUCCUAUGAGUGUUGGACAUUGUGAGAAUGAGCAUUUUACAUAUGAUCUGACAUCAAAGCUGAAGACUAAAUUUUUAGGCAACUCCCUUGAUGUUUAUCCCAUUGGAAGGACCCGUGUCACUCUCAAAAGAAGUGGUGUAGUGUUGGAUUUGGUCCCACCUCCUACAAAAGUUCAUAACCUAAUAUUUGGCCGAACUUGGGUGGAUUCACCUGGCGAGAUGAUACUGACCAAUUUAACUACUGGAGAUAAAGUUGUGCUGUAUUUUCAACCAUGUGGUUGGUUUGGAGCUGGUCGAUAUGAGGUGGAUGGUUAUGUAUAUGAUGCUAAUGAGGAGCCUAAAAUAUUAAUGACCGGCAAAUGGAAUGAGUCAAUGAGUUAUCAACCAUGUGAUGUGGAAGGGGAACCUCUACCUGGCACAGAACUGAAAGAGGCUUGGCAUCUUGCAGAUACUCCGAAAAAUGACAAAUAUCAAUAUACAUUCUUUGCCCACAAGAUAAACAGUUUUGAUACAGCCCCCAAGAAGUUACUGGCAUCAGAUUCACGUUUACGGCCUGAUAGAUAUGCUCUUGAGAUGGGCGAUUUAUCCAAGUCUGGUGCUGAAAAGAGCAGUUUGGAGGAGAGGCAGAGAGCAGAGAAGAGAAAUCGAGAAACCAAGGGUGACAAAUUCACUCCAAGAUGGUUUGAUUUGACCGAAGAUGUUGCAACUACCCCCUGGGGUGAUAUGGAGAUUUACCAGUACAAUGGCAAAUACACUGAACAUCGGGCAGCUAUAGAUAGCUCUGAUAUUGUUGAGCUAGAAGAUGUGAAAACCAAGGAGUUCAACCCUUGGCAGUAUAAUGAUUUAUCUGGUGUUUGAGAAAUUUUGUGUGCCGUCAUCGUAACUGCAAAUUACAGGAGUGGCAUGUGAAGUUGGUCAAAGGAUGAUAUGAUCUCUCCUACAGUUCUGCCUGCCAUUUUAAAUUUACCAGUAGUUGAUAGAAAAACGUAUCCUGCAUUAAACUCAUUAUUAUGAAGAUGAUUUUUUCAAACAGAAUCAACAGAUGAACAGAGGUGAGAGGUCCUCUAUCAUCUAUCAAGUCUUCCUCACCGGUAUGCAUGCUCGUCCUGUUUACCAUUUCUUCAAGUUGGAUGUAUAAAGACCAGGUCCAUCUACAGAUAGCUUAUGUUUUACCAUCUUUUUUGAUUGUAUAUUGCUUGUUUGAAUUUUGUACUCGUAGUUGACAGACAUUAAGCUCUUUAUCUGUUUGAGUUUAGAGGUAAUGUUCAAUGUUUUGUCAAUCUUCAUGUACUAAUUUUUGCCCGGUCAUAGGUUUUGUUCAUAGCUAGCUUCAUAUGCUAUACUUGUUAUUUGGUUAUUUUUACUAUAUUUCAUACAUU